AUGGAGGACAUUGGUUCAGAUAGAAGAUAUGUCUUCAUCUCAGACCAACAAAAGGGUUUGGUAAGUGUUUCUGAAGAAAUGUUUGAAAGAAUUGAACACAGGUUAUGUCUUAGACAUCUGUAUGCAAAUUUCAAGAAUAAAUUUGGUGGAGGUACUUUGAUUAGAGACCUAAUGACAGGGGCAGCUAAGGCAACCUAUUAUCAGGCUUGGGAAGAGAAGAUGGCUGAGCUAAAGAAAGUUGAUCCAAAAGCUUAUGAAUGGCUGAUGAAGGUGCCUACAAAGACAUGGUGUAAGCAUGCCUUUAACAUUUACCCUAAAUGUGAUGUGUUAAUGAAUAACAUUUCUGAAUCCUUUAAUGCCACAAUACUAUGUGCUAGAGAUAAGGCAAUUUUAACUAUGUGUGAAUGGAUUAGGAGCUAUCUCAUGAAUAGGAUUGCAUCUACUGUUACUAAGCUAGAAAAGUGGGCACAUAGGAUUAUGCCUAUUCCUAGGAAGAGAUUAGAUAAGGAGGUAUUUAUGAGUGGACAAUGGAAUCCAAAUUGGUGUAUGAAUUACCAAUGGGAGGUCAAUCAUGCCUACAAUGGUCAACAAUUUGUUGUUGAUGUGGGUAAAAGAACAUGUUCUUGUAGGUUUUGGGAUUUAGUAGGUAUUCCUUGCAGGCAUGCUUGUGCAGCAUUGGCCUAUAGGCAAUUUAAACCUGAAGACUAUGUGGAUAAUUGGUAUUCUAGGGAGAAAUAUGGAGAGGCAUAUAGUGUUGCAAUUAGCCCAAUUAAUGGGAUGGAUAUGUGGCCACCAGUUGAAGCAGAUGACUUACUUCCUCCAUUGUAUAAGAAAGGACCUGGUAGGCCUAAGAAGCUUUGA